ACGUUAUUCAGGGGUGUGGGGUAGACGUUGUUCAGGGUGUGGGGGGAGUGGUUGUUCAAGGUGUGUGGGGGUGUUGUUGUUCAGGGUGGGUGUGGGGGAGAUGUUCAAGGGUGUGGGGGGAGACAUUGUUCCGGGGUGUGUUGGGGAGACGUUGUUCGGGGUGUGGGGGGAGACGUUGUUCGGGGUGUGGGGGGAGAUGUUGUUCAGGGUGUGUUGGGGAGACGUUGUUCAGGGUGUGUGGGGGAGACGUUGUACAGUGUGUGGGGGGAGACGUUGCUCAGGGUGUGGGGGGGAGUGGUUGUUCAGGGUGUGGGGGGAAUGGUUGUUCAGGGUGUGGGGGGGAGAGGUUGUUCAGGGGUGUGGGGGGAGAUGUUGUUCAGGGUAUGGGGGGAGUGGUUGUUCAGGGUGUGGGGGGGAGAUGUUGUUCAGGGGUGUGUGGGGGAGACGUUGUUCAGUGUGUGGGGGGAGACGUUGUUCAGGGGUGUGGGGGGAGACGUUGUUUGGGGGUGUGUGGGGGAGAGGUUCAGGGGUGUGUGGGGAGACAUUGUUCAGGGGUGUGGGGGAGAUGUUGUUCAGGGUGUGUGGGGGAGAUGUUGUUCAGGGUGUGGGAGGGAGUUGUUCAGGGGUGUGUGGGAGAUGUUGUUCAGGGUGUGUGGGGGAGAUGUUGUUCAGGAUGUGGGGGGGAGUUGUUGUUCAGGGUGUGGGGGGGAGUUGUUCAGGGUGUGGGGGAGACGUUGUUCAGGGGUGUGGGGGGAGACGUUGUUCAGGGGUGUGGGGGAGAGGUUGUUUAGGGAGUGUGGGGGAGAUGUUGUUCAGUGUGUGUGGGGGAGAUGUUGAGGGGUGUGGGCGAGAUGUUGUUCAGGGUGUGGGGGAGUGGUUGUUAAGGGUGUGGGGGGGUAGAUGUUGUUCAGGGUGUGGGGGGGAGACGUUGUUCAGGGGUGUGGGGGGGAGACGUUGUUCAGGGGUGUGGGGGGAGACAUUGCUCAGGGGUGUGGGGGGAGACAUUGUUCAGGGUGUGUGGGGGAGUGGUUGUUCAGGGUGUGGGGGGAGACGUUGUUCAGGGUGUGGGGGGAGUUGUUCAGGGUGUGUGGGGGAGUGGUUGUUCAGGGUGUGUGGGGGGGAGUGGUUGUUCAGGGUGUGGGGGGAGUGGUUGUUCAGGGUGUGGGGGGAGUUGUUGUUCAGGGUGUGGGGGAGAUGUUGUUCAGGGUGUGUGGUGGAGAUGUUGUUCAGGGUGUGUGGGGGAGAUGUUGUUCAGGGGUGUGUGGGGGAGACGUUGUUCAGUGUGUGGGGGGAGACGUUGUUCAGGGGUGUGGGGGAGAUGUUGAGGGGUGUGGGGGAGAUGUUGUUCAGGGUGUGGGGGGAGACGUUGUUCAGGGUGUGGGGGGAGACGUUGUUCAGGGGUGUGGGGGAGACGUUGUUUGGGGGUGUGUGGGGGAGAGGUUCAGGGGUGUGGGGGGAGACAUUGUUCAGGGUGUGUGGGGGAGAUGUUGUUCAGGGUGUGGUGGGAGACGUUGUUCAGGGUGUGGGGGGAGACGUUGUUCAGGGUGUGUGGUGGAGACGUUGUUCAGGGGUGUGUGGGGGAGACGUUGUUCAGUGUGUAGGGGGAGACGUUGUUCAGUGUGUGGGGGAGACAUUGUUCAGUGUGUGGGGGGAGACGUUGUUUAGGGGUGUGUGGGGGGAUGUUGUUCAGGGUGUGUGGGGGAGAUGUUGUUCAGGAUGUGGGGGGGAGUUGUUGUUUAGGGUGUGGGGGAGACGUUGUUCAGGGGUGUGGGGGGAGACAUUGUUUGGGGGUGUGUGGGGGAGAGGUUCAGGGGUGUGGGGGGACACAUUGUUCAGGGGUGUGGGGGAGAUGUUGUUCAGUGUGUGUGGGGGAGAUGUUGUUCAGGGUGUGGGAGGGAGCUGUUCAGGGGUGUGGGGGAGAUGUUGUUCAGGAUGUGGGGGGGUGUUGUUGUUCAGGGUGUGGGGGGAGUUGUUCAGGGGUGUGGGGGGAGUUGUUCAUGGGUGUGGGGGAGACGUUGUUCAGGUGUGUGUGGGGGAGAUGUUGUUCAGGGGUGUGGGGGGAGACGUUGUUCAGGGUGUGGGUGAGAGGUUGUUCAGGGUGUGGGUGAGAGGUUGUUCAGGGUGUGUGGUGGAGAUGUUGUUCAGUGUGUGGGGGAGAUGUUGUUGAGGGGUGUGUGGGGGACGUUGUUCAGUGUGUGGGGGGAGAUGUUGUUUAGGGGUGUGGGGAGGCGUUGUUCAGUGGGUGUGGGGGAGACGUUGUUCAGGGAUGUGGGGGGGAAACGUUAUUCAGGGGUGUGGGGUAGACGUUGUUCAGGGUGUGGGGGGAGUGGUUGUUCAAGGUGUGUGGGGGUGUUGUUGUUCAGGGUGUGGGUGGGAGAUGUUGUUCAGGGUGUGGGGGGGAGUUGUUCAGGGGUGUGGGGGAGAUGUUGUUCAGGGGUGUGGGGGAGAUGUUCAAGGGUGUGGGGGGAGACAUUGUUCCGGGGUGUGUUGGGGAGACGUUGUUCGGGGUGUGGGGGGAGACGUUGUUCGGGGUGUGGGGGGAGAUGUUGUUCAGGGUGUGUUGGGGAGACGUUGUUCAGGGUGUGUGGGGGAGACGUUGUACAGUGUGUGGGGGGAGACGUUGCUCAGGGUGUGGGGGGGAGUGGUUGUUCAGGGUGUGGGGGGAAUGGUUGUUCAGGGUGUGGGGGGGAGAGGUUGUUCAGGGGUGUGGGGGGAGAUGUUGUUCAGGGUAUGGGGGGAGUGGUUGUUCAGGGUGUGGGGGGGAGAUGUUGUUCAGGGGUUUGUGGGGGAGACGUUGUUCAGUGUGUGGGGGGAGACGUUGUUCAGGGGUGUGGGGGGAGACGUUGUUUGGGGGUGUGUGGGGGAGAGGUUCAGGGGUGUGUGGGGAGACAUUGUUCAGGGGUGUGGGGGAGAUGUUGUUCAGGGUGUGUGGGGGAGAUGUUGUUCAGGGUGUGGGAGGGAGUUGUUCAGGGGUGUGUGGGAGAUGUUGUUCAGGGUGUGUGGGGGAGAUGUUGUUCAGGAUGUGGGGGGGAGUUGUUGUUCAGGGUGUGGGGGGGAGUUGUUGUUCAGGGUGUGGGGGAGACGUUGUUCAGGGGUGUGGGGGGAGACGUUGUUCAGGGGUGUGGGGGAGAGGUUGUUCAGGGAGUGUGGGGGAGAUGUUGUUCAGUGUGUGUGGGGGAGAUGUUGAGGGGUGUGGGCGAGAUGUUGUUCAGGGUGUGGGGGAGUGGUUGUUAAGGGUGUGGGGGGGUAGAUGUUGUUCAGGGUGUGGGGGGGAGACGUUGUUCAGGGGUGUGGGGGGGAGACGUUGUUCAGGGGUGUGGGGGGAGACAUUGCUCAGGGGUGUGGGGGGAGACAUUGUUCAGGGUGUGUGGGGGAGUGGUUGUUCAGGGUGUGGGGGGAGACGUUGUUCAGGGUGUGGGGGGAGUUGUUCAGGGGUGUGGGGGAGACGUUGUUUGGGGGUGUGUGGGGGAGAGGUUCAGGGGUGUGGGGGAAGACGUUGUUCAGGGUGUGUGGGGGAGACGUUGUUCAGUGUGUGGGGGGGAGAUGUUGUUCAGGGGUGUGGGGGAGACGUUGUUCAGGGGUGUGGGGUAGAUGUUGUUCAGGGUGUGGGGGAGUGGUUGUUCAGGGUGUGGGGGGGAGAUGUUGUUCAGGGUGUGGGCGGAGACGUUCAGGGUGUGGGGGGAGUUGUUCAGGGGUGUGGGGGAGACGUUGUUUGGGGGGGUGUGGGGGAGAGGUUCAGGGGUGUGGGGGGAGACAUUGUUCAGGGGUGUGGGGGAGAUGUUGUUCAGGGGGUGUGGGGGAGAUGUUGUUCAGGGUGUGGGGGAGUGGUUGUUCAGGGUGUGGGGGGGAGAUGUUGUUCAGGGUGUGGGGGGGAGACGUUGUUCAGGGGUGUGGGGGGAGACAUUGUUCAGGGGUGUGAGGGGAGACAUUGUUCAGUGUGUGUGGGGGAGUGGUUGUUCAGGGUGUGGGGGGAGUGGUUGUUCAGGGUGUGGGGGGAGUUGUUGUUCAGGGUGUGGUGGGAGACGUUGUUCAGGGUGUGGGGGGAGACGUUGUUCAGGGUGUGUGGUGGAGACGUUGUUCAGGGGUGUGUGGGGGAGAUGUUGUUCAGGGGUGUGUGGGGGAGACGUUGUUCAGUGUGUGGGGGGAGACGUUGUUCAGGGGUGUGGGGGAGAUGUUGAGGGGUGUGGGGGAGAUGUUGUUCAGGGUGUGUGGGGGAGAUGUUGUUCAGGGUGUGGGAGAGAGUUGUUCAGGGGUGUGUGGGAGAUGUUGUUCAGGGUGUGUGGGGGAGAUGUUGUUCAGGAUGUGGGGGGGAGUUGUUGUUCAGGGUGUGGGGGGGAGUUGUUGUUCAGGGUGUGGGGGAGACGUUGUUCAGGGGUGUGGGGGGAGACGUUGUUCAGGGGUGUGGGGGAGAGGUUGUUCAGGGAGUGUGGGUGAGAUGUUGUUCAGUGUGUGUGGGGGAGAUGUUGAGGGGUGUGGGCGAGAUGUUGUUCAGGGUGUGGGGGAGUGGUUGUUAAGGGGUGUGGGGGGAGACAUUGCUCAGGGGUGUGGGGGGAGACAUUGUUCAGGGUGUGUGGGGGAGUGGUUGUUCAGGGUGUGUGGGGGAGUGGUUGUUCAGGGUGUGGGGGGAGACGUUGUUCAGGGUGUGGGGGGAGUUGUUCAGGGGUGUGGGGGAGACGUUGUUUGGGGGUGUGUGGGGGAGAGGUUCAGGGGUGUGGGGGAAGACGUUGUUCAGGGUGUGUGGGGGAGACGUUGUUCAGUGUGUGGGGGGGAGAUGUUG